CUUAAAAAAUUACUUUCUCAUUUGUGCAAUCGUGAUGUUGGAGGUCCAAAACUGACGAUAUUCGGCUGUCAGUUGGCCCCACGGGAGUGUCGAAAUUUUGCGUUUGUGUCUCAGAUCAAAGGACAGGGUCCGACAGGCUGCUAUACUGAAUUAGACGAAUAAGGUUCAUCAGUCUGGUCCCCAUAAGUCUCCAACGGUGAAAAAUGGAUCCCAGGCAGGACUCGAAGGGCGGAACUGUGAGACGCCCUGCUAACAAGACAACGCCAGUCGAAGAGGAAUUCCUGCAAGCAGCCUUCAACGGAGACAUCGUGAGGCUGAAGGACUUGCUCAAGGAAGGAAUCAACAUGGACGUCACCAGCUGUAAACCCGGGAGGGAAGGUUUAACUGCUCUGCACCUUGCUUGUUGGAGCGGUAAGGACGACGUAGUCAAGCUCCUACUGUUCUUGCAGGCUAAGAGGAAGGCCGUUGCUAAAGGGAUGAAACCGGUGCAUUUCGCUGCCAUAGGAGGCCAUGUGAACGUCCUGUCUGUGUUAUGGAACAGCGAAUGCAACAUAAAGAGCAAGAGUGCUAAAGGGAGGUCUCCGUUGCACGUUGCAGCCGACAAUGGCAACUUGGAGGCGGUGAAAUGGCUGGUCGAAAAGGGUUCCUACUUGAACGCUAAGGACGUCAGAGGAAAGACACCUGAGGACCUCGCUAAGGACGCUGGGUACAAGGACGUCGCUCGAUACCUGAAGGAGAAAGCGGAGGAGCUGAAACUGGAUAAUAUCACCGGCAUGAGAAAGCUAGGGGAAGGAGCCUUUGGCGAGGUGUACCUAGUGAAGAAAGAUCUGAGGUAUUCUGUGUUGAAGCAGAUCAACUUGGCUGAACUGGAGAGGAAGAAGCAGGAGUAUGCCCACCAAGAGAUCAAGCUGUUGAAGUCCUUAACACAUCCUUACAUAGUGUCUUACUUGGGAGGUGGUUUCAGGGGGAAGUAUUUGUACAUCGAGAUGGAGUACUGCAGUGGAGGGGACCUCUAUACGAGGAUCUGUGACCAGAAGGACAAGAAGGUUCCGUUCGAGGAGACGCUGGUUGUUAAUUGGUCGCUGAGGCUGGCCUUAGCUUUGAAAUACGUUCAUGGCAGGAACGUCCUUCACAGGGACCUCAAGCCCCACAACAUUUUCCUGACGGACAACGGCGUCAUCAAGUUGGGUGACUUCGGUCUAGCCAAAGCGUUGGAGGAUUCGUCGGCAGCCACUACGUAUCUAGGCAGUCCUGCGUACAUGAGUCCUGAAUUGCUACAAGGUAACCCCUACGACUCAGCAACUGACAUGUGGUCCUUCGGGUGCGUCAUGUUCGAACUGGCAGCUCUCAAGUUGGCGUUUCCUUACAAAAAUCUCGAGCUACCCAGCGGCUUCAGCCGGGCAUACAGCGACGUCAUAAAGGCGUUGUUGGUGGAUGAUCCCAAGAAGAGACCCAAGGCGGCCGAUAUCCUCAGACUUCCGCUUUUCCUCAACGCCCUCGAGAGCCUGAUGGAGGAGAAGGAGCAUCAAGUGGCCGAGCUCAAUCAGGAGGUGGAGGACUUGUCGUGCGAAGUGGAGCACCUGACGGGAGAAAUCCAGAAGAGGGACGAAAUCAUCAAGAACCUGCAGGCCAAGAAGGCACCAACUAGUACUAUGUUAUAGUAUAGUACUAAAACUAUCACGAUCGUUAUUUGUUUGCAUACCGGAAGUCAAGCGUGGCUGGUUAUGCGAGUGGUCUUCCCCCUUCCCCAACACUUCCUCCCUCCCCACUCCCCUCUCUCCUCCUUCUUCCCAGCUGGUUUCCAUUUUUUUUCUGGGGUGGCUGUUUCCAUCUAUUUCUAUCCUGCGCUUCUGCCUCAUCAAUUCCCUUCUCAUGUAAGUCUCCUCUCACACAGUCCUUCCAUCUCUUUCUUGGUCUCCCUCUUCUUCGUCUUCCUUGAACCUCCAUCCCCAUAGUAUGUCUCCCAGCGUGGUCCUCAUCUCUCCUCAGCAGGUGCUCAUACCAUCUCAGCCUCCCCCUCUCCUUCUUCCAUGGUGAAAAUAGGGAAGAAUUCAUAAGAGAAUUAUGGCAUUACAGAGAGGAAAAACUUGCACAGACACAAACAGGAAUAUAAUGAGCAAGGAAGGAGCCGUUUCAAAAGCAAAUCUCGCCCACUACUACCACUACUAUUGCUACUAAAUCUCUCAUUUUCCCCCCUUCUUGCGAACCCCAUAGAACUCGCCAGCUCCCGCCAGUAUAAAAUCACUAUCUUCAGUGAACUUUCCAUGCUAUUAUAUAUCUCUCCAAUCAGUUUUGUUAAACCCGAAAUUUGCAUGUACAUUGAAAUAAUUUUCAUAAUUUCUGGCGUUAGUACUCCAGCUCCGUCCCAAUAACACAGUGAAUUCUAAUUGUGAAAAAUAAUUCUAUAAUCGUAGUGAUUAAAUAUACCCUCAAUGUAA